GAUUAAUCCAGCACCACCAGCAGGUUCGCGCCUGCCUGUCAUCCCGCCUGGGGCGAGAUGGCAACACCCGGCUCCGUUUCAGCGUUCGCAACAAACUGUUCUUUGGUUGCAACAGAGCGAGCGAGAGGCUUGCAGCAGCCAGGCUGUGAUCCGGGUUCGUUCAAUCAUCUUGCAUCAGCCGUCCCCCCAACUCCCCACCCCGCCCUCCACUCCUCUCCCGUCACCUCCGAGUCGCGGCGUCAGCAAAGCUGCGAGCUGGGAAAUAAUUCACCCCACAACUGUCGCCAGCAGUUAGUAUCAAUAUCAGGGAUAAAAAGACGACGCGCCGCUACCAGUCUCCUCACAGGCACAUGACCGAGAAGCGGCUGAGAAACCAGCGUGGAUGCUUAAACAACAACAACGGAAAGAGUUUGCACAAUCCAACCACCACCCCUUACCCCACGCCUUCCCCCUUCUCUCCUCUCCGCCUGCCUCCUUGACAAUCACCGUGCAGUGGUGCAGCUUCCCUGGUUUUCCGAGCAACGUGAUGGUGAGCGGGGAGUGAGUGCUGCGUGCCGUAGCGCGGCUGGCGGACGGACGGCGGGCGCUGCCCAGCCCGGCUAUCACACACUCCCUGCCAUCACCGCCGCCAGGUGUUGCGGAGCCGGCAAUCACAGCGCGAGGGAGGGAGAGGUACUGGCAGAGUGCGAAGGAAAAAGGGGCUCCGGACCCGACAACAACUCCUCCUUCCUCCGACCCACUGCAAACCAUGGGCUGCUGCAGUGGCAGGUGCACUCUCGUAGUCAUCUCCAGUCUGCAACUAGUAUUUGUGUUGGAGAGACAGAUCUUUGAUUUUCUUGGCUAUCAAUGGGCACCUAUCGUGGCUAACUUUUUGCACAUUAUCACUAUCAUCUUUGGCCUUUUUGGGACUAUCCAGUUCAGGCAACGAUAUGUAAUCAGGUAUGCCAUCUGGAUGGUCCUCUGGGUCACGUGGAACGUGUUUGUUAUCUGCUUCUACUUGGAAGUUGGGGACCUUGCAAAGGAUACCAACCUGAUUAUGACCUUUAACAUAUCCAAGCAUCGUUCUUGGUGGAUGGAGAAUGGACCAGGAUGUGUGGUGGUGACAAUAACUGACCUGCCAGAAUGGGUACCAGAGGACCAUCGUUACAUUUAUGUCAGAGGGUGCCUGCUAGGAUACCAGUAUAUAGAAGUGGCACAUAGUUCACUACAGGUUAUCUUUGCUCUUCUCGGGUUUGUCUAUGCCUGUUACGUUAUCAAAGUUGUUGCUGAGGAGGAAGACAGCUUUGAUUUCAUCGGAGGAUUUGACUCAUAUGGCUACCAGGGCCCACAGAAAACAUCUCAUUUACAGUUGCAGCCCAUGUAUAUGUCAAAAUAAACUGGAAACUGGAUGCCUUAAAAUUCUCCUGACUUCAAAUUUUUCAAACCUUAACUUCAAAGAAUCUGGUGGUGGAUGCUUUUGUAUUGUUCAGUGUGGAGCACUGAGAUUUGGAAUAUCAGAAGACCCAACUAAAAUGCAGACGUAUGAAAGACCUCAAAGUUUUAAAACUGCACACAAUAACCAGCAAACUUUCUGCUCUGUGUUUCUAUGUGUUGACUGAAAUAAGUGGAAGCUUGGUGCCAAAAGGAUUGAACUAAAGUAUCAGUGCCCUCUGCAGGCCAAUGUAAAAACCUUACUGCACAUAUCUCUUGUAUGAUUCCAGAUUGCCAAUUAUAGCUGCAACUGUUCAUCAAUAAAUUAGAUUAACAGUUUAUAUUUAGAGGUCAUUGUUAAAUAUGCAUUUCUGCUGGAUAAGAUACAAAUGGUGAAUUGAACCAGUGCCAUGAUUUUAUUGAAGCUUGGGUGAUGCUACCAAAUGUGAGCUAGUUCUUGUACUAGCUCCACAUUUGCCUUAAUACAUGCAGGUCUGAACAUUACUAAGUAAAUUUAAAAGUUUUGGGGUUGAUGGGAGGGGGGGAUGUUAUAAUGUUGAAACUGUUUCCCUACAUAAAUGCUAAUGGAGUCAGUAUUCUAUGAUAACAUUGCUGUUAUGGCUUUGCUGGAGACACUUUGAAUUCCUCUGGCUCUUCAGAAAGUAGUCCAUCUCAUCUUGUUCUGUUCCUGCACAAAAAUAAAUGUGAAGCUGUGGAUGAAAUAGGCUGUAGUAGUAUAUAUGAAUAGUUGAAAGCCUUUAUAGGUUCCGUGAAAAAUAGAUGAAAGGCAAGAACCAAACAAAAGUUGGUAGUAGGGUAUAGUCAAGACACAUUUGUUUUUUUGUUCCACUGCUUCUGCUGUAAUCCACCUAGUGUAUAUGGCAGCUGUUAUGUUUUUUAACACAGGAAUACAUGUACAUUUAUGUUAAUUUAUGCAAAUUAAAGGCUAGAAUUGUAUUUACUGUUAUUUUUAUUACACCAGUCUGUUCAAGUACUUUGUGAUGAUCAUCUUUGUUACUAUCUGUAUAAAAGAAACACAGUUUUAUUACAUGUAUUAACACUC